GUCUGGAGCCCCGAUAUCGAGCAGAGCUUCCAGGAGGCUCUCGCCAUCUAUCCACCAUGCGGACGCCGCAAAAUCAUCCUUUCCGACGAGGGCAAGAUGUACGGACGCAAUGAGCUGAUUGCAAGGUACAUCAAGCUGCGGACGGGCAAGACGCGGACACGGAAGCAGGUCUCCAGCCACAUCCAGGUGCUUGCCCGGAGAAAAGCUAGGGAGAUUCAGUCGAAGCUAAAGGAUACUGCAGCCAAGGAGAAGGCCCUGCAAUCACUCACAUCAUUGUCCUCAGCACAAAUUGUGUCAGCGACUGCAAUGCAAAACAAAGCUGGACUAGCAGCAUUAGUUCCGCCGGUUACCUACACAGGAGCACCUUGGACAAGACAAGGUGCAAAACUUGGCAGCAAUUACACUAUGUUCUGGCAACCUACAAUUGGUCAGCCUGGAACUUCAGAAGAUGUGAAGCCAUUUGCAGCGCAGCCCUACUCCCUGCAGACCCCCAAGGCCCCCCCCUCGGGAGCGGCGGUGGACCUGCUACCGCACUCGGCAAUCCCUCCGUCCUGGGAGGGCCGCUCUAUUGCUACGCACAAGCUGCGCCUCGUCGAGUUUUCUGCCUUUAUGGAGCAGCAGCAAGACGCUGACACAUGUAACAAGCACCUUUUUGUUCACAUAGGUGGACCCCCAACAUAUUCAGAUCCACUUUUAGAGGCUGUCGAUAUCAGGCAAAUUUAUGACAAGUUUCCUGAGAAAAAGGGGGGCCUUAAGGAAUUGUAUGACAAGGGACCUCAAGAUGCCUUCUUUCUUGUCAAGUUCUGGGCUGAUCUCAACACCAGCAUUCAAGAUGAGGCUGGUGUAUUUUACGGCGUUACUAGUCAGUAUGAAAGUAACGAAAAUAUGACAAUAACCUGCUCUACCAAAGUUUGUUCAUUUGGAAAGCAAGUUGUUGAAAAGGUUGAGACCGAGUAUGCAAGGUUUGAAAAUGGUAGAUUUGUGUACAGGAUUCAUCGCUCCCCCAUGUGCGAAUACAUGAUAAACUUCAUCCACAAGCUGAAACAUCUUCCAGAAAAGUACAUGAUGAAUAGUGUGCUGGAAAACUUCACAAUACUUCAAGUGGUUACCAAUCGUGACACUCAAGAGACACUGCUGUGCAUUGCCUAUGUAUUUGAAGUCUCAACGAGCGUCCACGGGGCUCAGCAUCACAUCUAUCGCCUUGUCAAAGACUGAGGACAGUUGGUGCAGACUCCAACCUCUGUCAUCAGGAUGCCUCUUAGUGCCUCAUCCAACAUGCAAAUCACAUGGAAACAGAUGAACAUUUGUACAUAUAUGCCAAAACCCACCUCACUACCUUACAAACCAUGUGGGACUGUACGCCGUAAGGCUGCUCUUGUCUUUCGCUCUGGAUGCUUAGCAACCAUGGGCUUCACUUGGUGCGUGCAUGUCAGGAUGCAUUGUGUUAUGUGUAUAUCUCUGUUUCUGCAUAGCUUUGGACAUGGCUGAAUGUAUAGCUCUCAACCAACAAAAAGAGAUAGUGAUACAUAGGAGGCAGUGAUCAAUUAAGAUUUCUAAAAUGGAAGAUGUUGCCUUGAAGCAAUAGUAAAUACAGUACCACCUAGUCAUUUUGCAUUUGGCUUCAUGGAUUACAAACUUCAAAUAAAGUAGUUGAGGAGAAGCAGGCUAAGAUCAAAGGCACACAACAUUUCUAGACUUCAUGUUGAUAAAUUCUUACAAGCCACAAGGUUACAUCAAUUGAAUAUAUUGGACAUUUUGGAUCGGUAAUUGUGUUACGCAUUAAACAUGAGAAAGUGGAGCAUGUUAGUCCCAUAAGUUCUGAGGUUAACAUUUUAUGGUCCCUUGCUACAUUGCUGAAAUCUCUCUAGCUGACCUGCAUCCAUACCAACAAUGCCUACAGCCAUGCCGCUUACGUUGCACUGCCUGCCUUCAAUUCUGAUAGCCGUUGAGUCUUUGUUGUGUUACCUUGCAACACGACUGUUGUCGUCCAUUUGUGCGCUGCCUUAAUGCAAGUAGUAAAUAAGGAGCUUUUAAACACUCUAAAGGCAAGUGCACUGUCACAGAAAGCUGCUUGAGUGUGGGGGAAUUAUGGAGCAUAGAUUGUUCCAGUUUUAUGCUAUUUUAGAUUAGUGUGGGAUAUGCAUGUAAGCAUUGCUCCAAAGCAAUGAUAUGUCAAAGGUGCAUUAUUGAAAAUGUAGAUAGUUUGCCGUGACUUUGUGUUUGUGCUCGUAGGCAAGUGGGUUGUGCUUACUUUUCUGUAUUCAUGUUGUUUGUUUUAGUGUGCCAUGAAAAGUAGAUACUCCUAAAUUGGACCACUGAAAAGACAUUUUCGUUUCCAUCUUGUAUCUUUCUAUCUAGCACUGCAGACUAUUGCAAGGUCUUGCACAAGGUUGUAGCAAAGCUUAUUUAUUUUGUGCUCGGCAGCUUACUGUUCUGAGGACGAGGACUACAUUGUUACAAAAAAAUUGUAACACUUUGUUUUGUGAAAUUACAUUUACUUUCUCUGUCCUUAAACAGCUGUCAUUACAUUUCCCUCCUUUGUCGGAUGGUGCUCAUCUCUUUUAAUUGCUGUGUCGAUGCUUGAAAUGGCUCACUAUGUUGGCAGUGCCAGGUGUUCCACAAAGCUUCUGUAUUGUGUAAAUGUUACUUUAAAGUAGCAAUAAUUCUACAAUGACAGUGGCAUAAAUGGCGGGUGCUUAGUAAAGCUGAGAAUGUUUAAAUAGUUAAGGCAGUUUUGCUUGUUGCAAGGCUACAAUUGAUUAUCCUUGGCUUUAGUGGAGUUUUUUUUUAAAAUCAUGCUUGAUGCAUUGUAGAGAGAGCGGGAGAUUCUUUCCAGUAUUUAAUAUGAAGCACUGUAAUUUUGCAGUAUCACGCAGUCAUCUAGUAUGCAAACCAAUCUUGUAUGCUAUAAAUAUACAACAGGGCAAUCUUUAUAUGGCAGGCAUCUUGCCAUUGAUCUCAUUCUCCUGGAUGCAGGAGGUCAGUACUCUUAACUUUUAAUAAGUGGUUUGCUUCAUUUCUUCAUGGUGUAGUUAUUCUAGAACAGCAUGACACAACAUUUUUCGAAGAAUUGUGGUGUCGUACACAAAUGGAAGUUUGAAGUCGUUGGACAAAUGGAAGUAGCAAUUACUUCAUAAUUCACAAAGCUAUCUUAUGCACAAGAAUAAUGUGAAAACCAAAAAACGAAGCAUGUUUAUUUUACAAUAGUAACUGAGACAGAAGAAGGGGCAAGGUAGAUGUACUUACCUCUUUGGAAUUGAUACUUAUUUUUCUAGAGAUUAGUGAUUUAGCAGUCUUUGAGCCUCUAACAUCGUGUACAGUUCUUGUGGCAAGCUGUACUUAACAAUGUCUUCAUUGCCUCAUGGUUACCGACACAUUUGCGCCACAGCAAACUUUUUUAAUGCUCCGCAGACAGCAGCCAUAGAUUAAAAGUCAGACAGGGGACAAACCUCGAGAUCUCUAGUUGCCGCAGUUGUCUUUCAUUGGUAGGGCAGAUUUUGGGAUGUUUCCAUGCUGUAUUUUAGGUUGCGCAAAGGAAAGUCCACACGGUCAUUGUAAAUUAUGUCGUGUUCCGUCUUUUACAGAAAAAAUCGACUUCUUUUUAAGCUUCGCUUUUAGUGGCUCAGUGUGCACAUCUUCUCUGUGCUGAAAUAUUUAACAUCUGCAUUGAUUGAUGAUGUGAACUUCGCAACUGAACCUAACUUCGUGCCAGUGAAGAUAUGUUGCUUAAGUUGCAUAUGUUAAGUUGCUUAAGCCUGCUACAUCUGAGAUCAACUGGUGAAGCAACAGACAGUGGAAACAUAUAUUCCUGAACAUUUCCCUUUACAUGUUAAAUUAGGCAGGUUCUGCAGAUGCAUCAUGGACACAAAUAAUCACAAGACGAGUGAUGCGGUUUUUAAGUCCAGUUGUUGGAUACUGGUGUCUUCUGUUCUGGAAUUGUCAAGCAUGUGUGUGCCCCAAAUGUAGCAGUCACCAUUAGCAAUUAUGUGUACCACAUUUCAUUUUGCAUUAUGCUUAUUGGUUCCUAAACUGUGGCAAUAAGUACGUAGAAGUCAUCCAUCGAAACUCCAUCCAAAGAGUAUUAAUGCCAAAUGACAAAGUGCCGUGCUAAGCCUCUCACCAUGUUCAUGUAGAUAGACAUCAACUGCGAUAUAUGAUUAUUGUAUUGUGCAAGUUUCAUCACUGCUGAAUGUAAAUGCCGUUUUUGUUUGUUUUCGAAAGGUCUUAUUUAAUGAUGACUGACUGAUGGCAGCAGACAAAGUGAUGCAUGAUAUGUUUAUGAUCAAGCAAAGUGUUUGCCAUGAUCUGCUGUUCGUAUACAAUAUAUAAAUAUAUGUAGAAACGUACAUAUAUUUAUAUAGGUAUAUUUAUCUUCAGAAGGCAAAUAAACUUUUCCCUAUGAAACACU